AUGACGGAGCUGCUUAUAGCGAGUAACGCCGUGCGCACCGUGGAUCCGUACGAGGCGUCGCUCUUCUUCGUGCCGUUCUUCUCGGCGCGACUCACGCUGUACCAUUUCAAGGACUGGGAGAACAACAUGCGCGGCGCCGUGGAGGAGGCAUCCAAGGUGUGGACAGAAAUCUUCACAACAGUGCGCCGGAACUACCCCUUCUUCAACCGCACCAACGGCCGAGAUCACUUCAGCAUCCUCACGCUCGAUCACGGCCGUUGCCACUCGCUCACGUUCGUGGACCCGGGCCUCGUGGGCGAGAUGUUCUUUGUGACUUAUAACGGGGACAAACUCGUUAGGAGUGUACACGCAAGCAAGGAGCGCAACAUGCAGGCCAUAACAUACAACUACAAGAUCCCAGUGGACCCAUCACUACCAGACAUCCCCUGCUACCUGCCCGAUCGAGACAUUGUCGUGCCCGUGCUUGUUGCCAAGGGGCUGCCACUGGUGGCGCCGUGGGAGGGUGAGAGGGAUCGCGCUGUGCUGUUCCGGUUUGGAGCAGGGCAGCACCAUGGCGUGCCGAUAUGGCAUCACGGGCACCAGAUUCGGAAAGAGUUGCUGGAGCUGUACACGCAUGCAGGGUACGAGGGGUGGGACUUUGCAGAGAAGGGCGAGGGGGACACGGAUCCUGACUGGCGGAGGGCUGUCUUCUGCAUCUGCCCGCCCGGCCACUCCCAGUGGACCAGCCGCCCCUUCAAGGCAUUGAUAUCCGGGUGUAUCCCGGUCACAUUUUUCCGAGAGCACGACAACCCGUGGCAGGACGAACUGGAAUACUCCUCCUUCUCCAUCAACAUCGAUCCCGACAACAUAUGGCAGCUCAAGGAGCGUAUUGAUGCAGUCAGGAACCAGCCAGAGCUGCUCCAGAGGAUGCAGAAGAACGUCGUCGGGGUGCAGGUGGGUGUGUUGGGUUGGGGUGCUCCUGGUGCAGGUGGGUGUGUUGGGUUGGGGUGCUCCUGGUGCAGGUGGGUGUGUUGGGUUGGGUUCCCUCAGGUGGAUGCAGCAGGCAUGUGUUGGGGCGUGUGUUGGGUACCCUUGCUAUAG